AUGAAUAAGAAUUUUCCUGUACUGUUACUGCACAGUUUGUGUAUUUAUUUGUUGAAUGCAGAAUCUUUAGUGGAAAUCUCGCAAGGAAUAUUAAAUGGAACUAUUCAGGUAUCCAGAAAUGGGAGAAUUUAUUCCGCGUUUCUCGGGAUACCGUUUGGAAAACCACCAAUUGGAAACCUCAGGUUCGCCAAUCCUGUACCAGCAGGUAAAUGGAGUGGAAUAAGACCAGCGAAUUCAUUUGGUAAUAUAUGUGUUCAAAAUGACAAGGGUCAUAUAAGAGGGAAAGAAGAUUGUUUAUUUCUAAAUGUUUACACUCCUCGUCUUCAAUUCAAUUCUUCAUCGACUUUGUUACCAGUAAUGGUAUGGAUUCAUGGGGGUAGUUUCAAUAGUGGUAGUAGUAAUAUGUUUGGUGCUCAAUACCUUCUGGACAAAGACGUAAUUUUAGUAACCAUAAAUUAUAGACUCGGGAUUUUUGGAUUCUUGAGCACUGGAGAUUCUGUCGCUCCAGGAAAUUUUGGAAUGAAGGACCAGGUGCUGGCGUUAAAAUGGGUCCAAAAAAAUAUUCAAGCAUUUGGAGGAGAUAACAAUCGAGUGACUUUAUUGGGACAAAGUGCAGGAGGCGCAAGUGUUUCUCUACAUGCCAUUUCAAAAGCAAGUAGCGGCCUCUUCCAUCGGUACAUAAUUCAAAGUGGUCCAAAUUUGUCACCAUGGGCAUAUCAAAAAAGAAGUAACUAUGUCAUAUUCAUUAGGGGAAUUGCCGCACUAGUUUUUUGUCCAUUCUUCACUUCCCAUAGUGCUGUUCAUUGUCUUCGAAAUAAAAGUGUUAAGAGUUUAAUAAAGACGAGUGCAAUAUUUGGUACAAUUGCGCGUUUCGCUCAGUUAACUUGGACCCCUACUGACGAACCUGAUGAUGAGGGUGCAUUUUUAACAGAUAGUCCACAAAAUCUCGUAAAACAAAACCAAAUGAAGGAUUUACCAUUCAUCAGUGGGGUAACAAGUGAUGAAGGGCUUUUUGUUACUAGUGGCUUGUAUUCGAACGAUGUAUUGUAUGGUGUUGUCAAACUUAGCCUUAACAAUUUGAUUACAUAUUUUGCUGAUUACUACUUUGAAUCUAAAAAUAAAGAUGGAUUUACAGCAGCUGUGAAAAAUUUUUAUUUCAACGACACAUUAAUUUCCACUGGAAAAUAUGAGUUUUUAGAAAGACUCACAAGAUUGGUCAGUGAUGGCUUUUUCCACUACCCACAAUUGACGAUGUUGCAGAAAGUAACACCUAAAAUGAAUAGUUCUAACUAUUUUUAUAAUUUUGGGUAUCUGGGAACAGCAGCCGGUCCUUAUUCUAGAAUGAAAAACAACGGAAAUCAUGGCGUUGGUCAUGAGGAAGAAGUGCGUUACAUAUUUUCGGUUCCUUCUCUGUUCUCGAAAUUUACAAAUUUGAACCAUACCAAAAUAGAUACAUCAAUAAGCAAACUAAUGGUGGACAUGUGGACAUCCUUUGCUUCAAAUGGGAAACCAAUAUCAAAUGAAUUGAAUAAAUAUGAUCUCUGGAAACCGUAUACUCCUGAAAAUCCUUCCCACCUUCAGAUUGGCAGUAUUCACAAUAAUACAGACCCUGGUAUCUCACUUUCUAAUACCUUUCACACAAACCGCAUGGAUUUCUGGAGAAAAUAUGCUCCUAUAUAA